AUGGCCUCUGUCUUGGAGCUUGCUUGCAUCUACUCUGCCCUCAUCCUGCAUGACAAUGAGGCGACAGCUCUGGCCAAUGUCAACAUCGGCAGCCUCAUCUGCAGUGUAGGGGCUGGUGGACCUGCCCCAGCAUCUGGCACUGUACCAGCAGGAGGUCCUGCCCCCUCCACCACUGCUGCCCCAGCUGAGGAGAAGAAAGUGGAAGCAGAGAAAGAAGAAUCUGAGGAAUCUGAUGAUGACAUGGGCUUGGUUUUUUUGACUAAACCUCUUUUGUAA